AAAUAACACAAUUAUGCAAAGUAAAGAACUUUAUCAAUUCCACGCGCUUUACAAUCGUGAACUUCACUCUUUCGCUCUCUCUGCGGCUCUUUAAGUGAUUAAUUAAUGCGCUAUCAUUUCUCCCACUCUUUCUUGUUUAAUUUUCAUUGAUACUGUGAUAGAUUAUAGAUACAGUUGAAGCCAAUCCUUAGAUUCGCAAACAGAGACAAAUUCACUUAUUCCGAUUUGUUCGGUGCUCGAUCGCUGGCACUGAAUAGAGAUGGCAUUUGUCACAACUGCUGAAGUUUGUGAUGCGAAUCCACAACUCAUUGUGAGUGGAGAACUCCGGGCUCUCCAGCCAAUGUUUCAGAUUUAUGGUCGGCGUCAAGUCUUCUCUGGUCCAGUAGUGACGCUUAAGGUGUUUGAAGACAAUGUUCUGAUUCGUGAGUUUCUUGAGGAGAAGGGCAAUGGCAGAGUUCUUGUUGUAGAUGGGGGUGGCAGUUUGCGAUGUGCAAUAUUGGGAGGUAACCCGGUGGUACAAGCUCAGAAUAAUGGGUGGGCAGGUAUAGUGGUCAAUGGCUGCAUUAGGGAUGUUGAUGAGAUCAAUGGUUGUGAUAUCGGGGUCAGGGCUCUGGCUUCUCAUCCAAUGAAAGCCAAUAAAAAGGGAAAUGGGGAGAAACAUGUUCCAAUAGCCAUUGGAGGGACCAGAAUCAGUGAUGGGGAAUGGCUUUAUGCAGACACUGACGGGAUCCUUAUUUCUCGAUCUGAGUUGUCUGUCUGAGCUGCCUUUUUCUAUGAAAGAGAGUAUUUUCCAAAAAGCUAUUCACAGCGAGUAGGUUCUGUUGUAAUUCUUAUUUGUAAGCUCAUGGUUCUUGAAUUCACCUUUGAAUUUUAGAGACAAUCUUGCAAAUUUUCUCUGAAGGUGCAAAAGAUUAUGAUAUUCUGUUUGUCAUUUCUAGAGUUAAAACUCAAAGCUCUUUGUUGUGUCAUAGCAAUGUUCAAUAGUGCGGUUGUUAAUUUCACAGAAUGGUUUUGAAUUGUUAUGGACAGUCUUAAGGGAACUCUUUGCUGUGCUC